AAAACUUCUCCUCUCAGGCUUUGACCUAUAAAUACACCUGAAGUGUACAAAAUAUACAUACUAAAUUUCUAACAACUGUUAAAUUAGUAAAAACAACCAAGAAAAAUGGAGAAGAAAUUCUUUGGGCUUUUGGUUUUGCUUCUCUUCUUCUUUGCUUCUGAGAUGAACAUGGUGGUUGAAGUUGAUGGUGCCACAUGUGCAAAACCAAGUAAGUUCUUCAAAGGUGGUUGUUUUUCCGUUAUAUCUGAUUCGGCUUGUAGGAAGGCUUGUAGCCAAGAGAAUUGGCCUAUCGGAAUUUGUGUAGCUGUUUUCAGAUGUGAAUGUCGAAGGACUUGUUAAGCAUCGUGGGCUAACGAAUAUUGAUAAGACGGUGUACUUUUAAAUUUGUGAUAAUAAAAUGUCAUGCAAACCUAUAAGUACGUAUACAUGACAUGUCUAUACGAAUACUUAGAAUAAAUGGUUGUCUUAUACUCUUAUACGUACGUAUGUACGUAAUACUGUACUAUACUCUUCAAAUUGUGUGAUGGAGCCAGAGGCUCUUACGUAAUAUUAUAUGUUGGCUACCGUGCCAGAUUUCUAAAA